CGUCCAUCUUUCUCGAAGGCAAGAAGGCUCCCUCACGCCUCCCCUCCGUUCCGUCUCCCCGCUAAAGGUGGCCAUUUUAGUUGAGGGCAAGUGGGCGAGGAGAGAGAGAAGGCAGGCGGGCGCCAUGUUUGAUGUGAUCAGGGGACGGCGCCCUCAAGAGCGGCCGCGACAGCUGAAGCCGGGAUGUGGCCCUGUUUCCGAAGGCCCCUUCCGGGCCCCUCGGCCCGGGAGUCUAUGGCCACGCUGCCCGGAAGUGAAUAAACACCGAGGGGUUGGUGGGUCCCGGUCAGAACCCCCGAGUCCCCAGCGGCCCCAGCAGCCAGUCCCUGCGACUUCGCUUCCCUCGGCGGCGGCCGGACGCCCCGGCUGGAGAGGCCGCGGCCUGGGGAGCGGGCCUGCGGACGGCGAGGCGGAGCCGGGGGCGGGGAGGCGGGGGCCCGGCGGCCGCAGCUCGGGGCUGGCGGACCCCAUGGCGCCGCCCCCAGUCCCGCUCCCGGCGCUGACGGCUCGGGGGACCCGGCCUGGUGGCAAGAAGCCGGGGUCCGUGAGCUUCGCGGACGUGGCCGUGUACUUCUCCCCGGAGGAGUGGGGCUGCCUGCGGCCCGCGCAGAGGGCCCUGUACCGGGACGUGAUGCGGGAGACCUACGGCCACCUGGGCGCGCUCGGAUGCCCCGGCCCCAAACCAGACCUCAUCUCUUGGAUGGAGCAGGGGAGCGAGGCGUGGAGCCCGGCCGCCCAGGAUCCUGAGCUGGGGGAACGCGUGGGAGGAGCCCUGCGAGGAGGUGCCCCAAACAAGAAGGAAGAGGAACCCAAAGCAGUGCCAGGAGCCAAGAGACCCAGAAAGACUCCCGGGAAGGAUCGGCCCGGGGAGCUGGUUCAACACCACCCAGACUGGGCCCUCGGCAAGCCGCCCCCGCCCGCGCCCACGAAAGCCUGGGACCCGGGCGCCGGUGCGCCGCCGCCAGCCCCGGGGCCCAGCCGGGGCGCGCAGGCCCGCCAGCGGCGCCACGUGUGUGCAGACUGCGGUCGCCGCUUCACCUACCCGUCGCUGCUGGUCAGCCACCAGCGCAUGCACUCGGACGAGCGGCCCUUCCCCUGCCCCGAGUGUGGCAUGUGCUUCAAGAGGAAGUUCGCGGUCAGCGCGCACCAGUGGAUCCACCGCUCCUGCUCCGGGGGCCGGCGAGGCCGGAGGCCUGGCAUCCGCGCUGUGCCCCAGGCCCCGGUCCGGGAUGACCGGGACCCGCCGGUGCUGUUCCGGCACUACCCGAACAUCUUUCAGGAGUGCGGGUGAGUGGCUCCCGCGCGGGGCUGAGCCUGACCUCGGCGAUGCGGACUGACCGGGCCCUGAGGGAGCUUCCUAAAUCAGGGACUUGGGAACCCAGGUUCAUCCCUUGGGCUUCCCUCCAGGAUCCCUCAGGUUUUCAAACACGUAGAAAGGAAAGUGCCUGUAAAGAGUCACCUAGAUUAAACUUGACGCCCCGCUCCCCAGUUUUUCUAAAAAAUGAGUGAGACGCGGACUUUUCUCAGUGUUGUUUCAGUAGCAGGUGCAACCAAGAUCUUUGCUGUCUCAAAAACCACCCCUUGCUGCUUAUCUGCAUGAGAGGUAAACGCUGAGGACUAGGGCCGGGGAGGGGCCGGGUGGAGGUGGUCAGCCUAGCCAGCUGACUCCAGCAGGGAGCCCGGCACAGAGCCCGUCUCUGCACAGCACGGCCGGCGAGUGGCCCUCCCCAGCCUCGCUCCCUCAUCUGUGAAAUGAGGGUUACUAAUGUCUACCUCAAGGGAAAGGGUUACUGUGAAGACUGAAAUUUAAACAAUAUGGUAUGUAUGACAUAGUAAAUGUGCAAUAAAUGUGUUGAAAGAGUGAAUUCUCGACAUUUUACACUUCAGAAAGGCGAAGGAGGCAGGGCAUGGAUAUCAAUAGCCAUGUUUUGCAGAUGAGUGGACUGAGGCUCAGAGAUUAAGUGAUUUUUCCCCCCAACAUUCCACUGCUUUAAGACAGCGAAGCUGGAAACUGACCCAGAGCCCAGAUAUUUCUACCACUUUCUCUGAGCAGUCAGUAGAACACAGGUCCCGCCCAGGUGAGAGUGAGGUGAGAGCUGAGAUCUGGGCAGGAAGCCAGUGGGACAGCAAACAACAGCAACUACAGGAAAGGUUUUUUGGUCGUGGCCAGCUAGCCCAGUUGGUUAGAGCAUUGUCUGAAUAUGCCAAGGUUGUGGGUUCUGUCCCCGCCCAGGCCACAUACCGGAAUCAGCCAGUAAUACAUGGAUAGGUGGAACAAUGGGUUGCUGUUUCUCUCUAUGUAUCUUUCAUCUCUCUAUGUAUCUUUCUCUCUCUCUCUCAAUCAAUAAAUGAAUUUUUUUAAAAAG